AUGGGGGCCGUCUCCAGCAUGGAGCUUUCAGGGGGAUGAGGGCGAGAUAAGUCGUUGCCGGCUGCUCCUGUCUCUCCGCCCAAGCAUGUUGGUGCACUUAUUUCGGGUCAGGAUCCUGGGCGGGCCUGUCCGCGGCUGGUCGCUACACUCUCUGCGCUUCCAGGCCUUCUCAGCAGCCAGGUCCCCAAAUGGUCGCUCCAGCUCCUUCCUCCUCCAAGCUGUGGCCCAGCUGCGGUCACAUCUCCAGGCUCACCUCCCUCGGGCCCCACCAACUCCCCGUUGGAGCCCCUCUACCCGGUACUGGGUUGGGGGGAUCUUGAUGGUACCUGCAGUGCUACGGCAGUGUCCCCACCUCUGCCCUGUGGUACUGUGUGAGGCAGAAGUGUCCCCUCCUCACCCUGCGCCAGAGUUGCAUUUUAACUGGAAGCUGUUCUUGCAUUUCCUGUGUCCCCACAUUCUGGUCCUGGGGGCAGCCAUUGUGCUGGCCUUGGGUGCAGCACUGGUGAACGUGCAGAUCCCCCUGCUCCUGGGCCAGCUAGUGGAGAUCGUGGCCAAGUACACAAGGGACCACAUGGGGAGUUUCAUGUCCGAGUCCCGGAGUCUCAGCACCCAGCUGCUCAUCCUCUAUGGUGUCCAGGGACUUCUGACCUUUGGGUACCUAGUGCUGCUGUCCCACAUUGGCGAGCGCAUGGCUGUGGACAUGAGGAAGGCUCUCUUCAGCUCCCUGCUCCGGCAAGAUAUUGCUUUCUUUGAUGCCAAAAAGACAGGGCAGCUGGUUAGCCGCCUGACAACUGAUGUGCAGGAAUUCAAGUCAUCCUUCAAGCUUGUCAUCUCCCAGGGGCUGCGCAGCUGCACCCAGGUAGCCGGUUGCCUGGUGUCCCUGUCCAUGCUAUCCCCACGCCUCACACUGUUCCUGGCCAUCGCCACACCUGCCCUGAUGGGAGUGGGCACUCUGAUGGGGUCAGGUCUUCGAAAGCUAUCUCGCCAGUGUCAGGAGCAGAUUGCCAGGGCAACAGGCGUAGCAGACGAGGCCCUGGGCAAUGUUCGGACUGUGCGGGCCUUUUCCAUGGAGGAACGGGAAGAGGAACGUUAUAGAGCAGAGCUGGAGUCGUGCCGCUGUAAGGCAGAGGAGCUUGGCAGGGGCAUCGCCUUGUUCCAAGGGCUCUCCAACAUCGCUUUCAACUGUAUGGUCCUGGGCACCUUGUUCAUUGGGGGCUCCCUUGUAGCUGGACAGCAGCUGAGAGGGGGAGACCUCAUGUCCUUCCUGGUGGCUUCUCAGACAGUGCAGAGGUCUAUGGCCAGCCUCUCUGUCCUGUUUGGUCAGGUGGUGCGGGGCCUGAGCGCAGGUGCCCGUGUGUUUGAGUACAUGGCCUUGAGCCCCUGCAUCCCACUGAAAGGGGGUUACUGCAUCCCCAGCAAGCACCUGCGUGGCUCUAUCACUUUCCAGAAUGUCAGCUUCAGCUACCCCUGUCGCCCUGGCUUCGAGGUGCUCAAGGACUUCACCCUGACACUGCCCCCUGGCAAGAUUGUGGCCCUUGUGGGCCAGUCUGGGGGAGGAAAGACUACAGUGGCUUCCCUGCUGGAGCGCUUCUAUGACCCCACGGCCGGCAAGGUGACACUGGAUGGGCAUGACCUGCGCACCCUUGACCCAUCCUGGCUCCGGGGCCAGGUCAUAGGCUUCAUCAGCCAGGAGCCAGUCUUGUUUGGAACGACCAUCAUGGAGAACAUCCGCUUCGGGAAGCUGGAAGCUUCUGAUGAAGAGGUGUACAAAGCUGCACAGGAGGCCAAUGCCCACGAGUUCAUCAGCAGCUUCCCUGAGGGUUACAGCACCGUGGUCGGUGAACGGGGCACAACCCUGUCUGGUGGCCAGAAGCAGCGCCUGGCCAUCGCACGUGCCCUCAUCAAACAGCCCACCGUGCUAAUCCUGGAUGAGGCUACCAGCGCGCUGGAUGCAGAGUCUGAGCGGGUGGUGCAGGAGGCACUGGACCGGGCCAGUGCUGGCCGCACCGUGUUGGUCAUUGCCCACCGGCUCAGUACUGUUCGUGCAGCCCACUGCAUUGUCGUCAUGGCCAAUGGCCAGGUCUGGGAGGCUGGGACCCAUGAGGAACUCCUUAAGAAAGGUGGGCUCUACACAGAACUCAUCCGGAGACAGGCCCUGGAUGCCCCACUGACCUCCGCCCCACCUCCAGAAAAGCUGGAAGACCCCAGAAGCUGCCAGUGCAGGGCCUGAGAGUGGCCCCUCUGGGAUCAGGUCACUGCCAAGCAUCAGGCUGGGGCUAGAGCUCUGCCAGGGGAGCAUACCAGAGACAGCCCCUGGAGGGCCACUGUGCUGGAGUGUAGCCACCACUCCCGUUACCGUACAGUAAAGCUAGGCUUUCUCCCACCUGUUUCUACCCUGCUGCCUGUGCAGCCUCCCGGCCCAGUGCCACAGUUAUUGUGAUGUGCACAGCUAAGGCAAAAUCCCUGCGGCCCCUCCAUGUGGUCCUCUCCCUCUGUCCCAAUUCUACGUGACACUGAAGUUGUCCAGGCCCUCACUUCAGAAAAACUGAAAGCUGAGUCUAGUCAGGCCUGAUAGCAAAGGUCUAAAAUCCUAACACUUGGGAGACAGGCAGAAGAAUCAAUAGUUCAAGGUCACCCUGGGUUACAUAGACCCUAUCUCAAAAAAUCCUAAAAACUAAAUAAAAAAACUAAACGGGCUGAGGAUGCAGCUCAGCAGCAGAGUGCUUGCCUAGUAUGUGUGAGAGGCCCUAGAUUCAGUCCUCAACCAUGGCCAGGGAGUGGUCCAGGACUCAGACUUAGGUUCUUCCUAACCCUUAGUUGACCCACAUGUCCCAAGUCUUGCUCAUGCAUCUCUACUGCCUGUCUAGGCCUUGAAAGGAAGAGCCUGACCUUGGCCCACAACCUCUCCCAUUACCACAGUCCUGUUUAGGAUUUCCUCUCCCCAUUUCCCCUGCAAUAGGACAGCUGCCCUAAUGGCCCUGCUCAGAUAAGAGCAGGACAAAGUGGCCAGUUGAGCAAGAAGCACCCAGCCUCACCUGGUAGAGACUAGACUCCCACAAUGAAGAGACAGAAAGGGGCCAGGUAUACACCUAGAACACUCAGCUGCAGGCAGGCCAGGGCGCAAGUUCAAAGCCAACAGAGGAAGCCAGGCUCCGCACAGUGGUGGACACCUGUAAUCCCAGCAGUCAGGAGGUUCAGUUUAGGGUCACCUUUGCCUACACAGCCCAAGGCCUGUCUGAGCUAUGUGAGAACCUAUCUCCAAAAAGAAAAAAGGAACAAUUAACAAAAGUACAACAUGAAGUCACUGAGGAAUCGGCGAGCUCGUGCCAGCCAGGUGGCUCUGUUCCAUGUGCACAGCCAUUAGGCUUGCAAGCCAUUUGGUGACAGUAGAUUCUCAGCCCCUGACAGGUACGGGAUAGCUUCUCAUCCAGCCUUCUCUGCCCACUGGGGCAUGAGACUAUGUGGUCAAGGGCUAAUGUUCCCGGCCUUGUGGCUGUGUGCUCCCUGACCCUGUCACCUCGCCCAGGCCUGGCUCCAUAGAGACCAGCAGCUUGGCUGGGCCUGCCCUUGAAAGCCUCUUCCAAGAGUUAAAUGGGAUAGUUUGUAGUGUUGCACUUAAAAACCACAGAGUAGCCAGGUGUGAUGGUGCACGCCUUUAGUCCCAGCAUUCAAGAGGCAGAGGCAGGCAGAUCUCUGUGAGUUCAAGGCCAGCCUGGUCUACAUAGUGAGUUCCAGGCCAGCUGGGGCUACAGGAAGAUCCUGUCUCAAAAAGACCCCCCCCCAAAAAAAACAGUGUAAUAAGCCCCAGAAAGUUAUACCUGUGCUACAAGCCACUAUAGUUACAUCCUUCCCAAGAUGUUACUUCCCUGUCCUGUGACUGACCCUGGGGGCAGCCUGCACUUGUGAACACUGAGGGUCUGCUAGGAGGACCAGUGGAAAAUGGUAUGAUUGGUUGGUUGGUGGAACUAUGCCCUUCCACUCAG